GUCAUUUUCAAUACCAGAAAGGGGUAACAUUGGUAUUCUUUGGUUCGCAUUUUUUUUUCCUUUCUAUUUUUCUCUCAUAAGAUGAGUGAUGGUAUGCUCUCAAGACAUGCUACUCUAAACGCAGGUAAUAAGCCGUACUUGAACUAUAUCCAUAUUCAUAAAACCGUAGGAGCUAUUCCCGCUUCUGCGGAAGAGUUAUCACAGAGAUAUGCGAAGUUAUUUCAACAAUAUUCUCGUUUAAAAGCUCAACACGCUGUAUUGAAAAAAGCAGUGAUAAAAGAACAAGCUUCAAACGUGUCUCUUCAAGGCAACGUCAAGGAAAAAGAAAAAGAGUUGAGAAAGCUUCAAGAACAACUAGAUCUGUUAGCUUUUCAUAAUGAAAGACUAACAAAGCGCAUUCAGGCUGUUCAAGAGAAUGAACAGAAAGGGUCUCAUUUCUCUUUACUUGGAGGCUCUAUUAAAAAAGAAUUAGAAAAGAGUAAGCAAGCGCUUGAAGAAGCACAAAAGGAUUUGCAGACAAAGAUUGAGAGAAACGAAGAGCUUCAUUCUGAAAAACUUGAACUUGAAGAAAAGACGGAGCAAUUAAGAAAUCAAAUCCAUGAUCUCGAAAAACGUGUCUCUGAGUUGUCUGAUGAAAAUGCCAAUUUGCAAGCUGAAGCUAAAAACAAUAUUUCUGUAACACCUAUUGUUUCAGGGAAUCAUGAAGAGGUGGAAGCAUUAAGGAAACAACUUGAAGAGCAGAAGGAGUUACUGAAAACAAAAGAGGAAGAGAUAAAAAAUAAUGAUAUACAUUUAGUAUCAGAAAUACAAAGUUUGCGCGCUAUUUUGCUUGCCAAAGUAGGACAUUUAGACAAGAAAGAAAUUACCUUACAGGAUGCUUUGCCAGCUUCUAAAGCAUUAGAGGAAUUAGAAGAGCAAGCAAGACAGUAUAUAUCUAGUUUGGGUGCCAAUGAUACCAUGCAGCAAUUACCUGCUGAAAUUGCAGAGAGGCUAUUCAUGUCCACAAAGACUUUCUCUCAAGAAUUAUCAGAUCUUGUUCAACAACUUGAGGAUACAAAGUCUGAAUUAAAUAACCUGUUGAUAGAAAAGGAUCAACAAUCAUUCCAUGAAAAAGAAAAGACACAGGAGCAACAGAGUGAAUACGAAGCCAAAAUUCAGGAGCAAGAGCAAAAGAUAAACAGUUUAUUGGCUACAGUGGAAGCAAACGAAAGAACAGAAUCGAAGACAAUCAACGAAUUGCGAUCAUUGAAUGACCAACUUGCUUUGGAGAAUGCGCAAUUACAACAAGAGAUUGAGCAAGAGAAAUUAAGCUUAGAGAAAACUUUACAAGAACUUGAAAAAGCAAAUGAAAAAAAAGAAGUUGUAGGAUUUGAUAAAGAAACUCAAGUUGAUAUUAUAGAAGCUAAAGAAGAGGAAGAAGAGGUAUUUGUAUAUCCAAAAAAAACAGAAAAUACAUUUCAAGAGUCAUCAAAGCCACAACAACAACAAGAAGAGGAAGAGGACGAGGAAGUCUUUGUCUAUCGUGGUAUGGAUGCAUUGCCUAAAGAAGAAGAAAAAGAGCCGGAGAUAGUUGAAGAAGCAACAAAACAGUAUGAUGAUCAUGAUAUCCAAGUCCGUGAAGAGAAAUUAAAGGCCUUUUACGAGAUACAAAUCAGUAACUUGAAUGAAAAGGUCCAAUCAGUAGAUAGUAAAGCAGUUCGAUUGGCAGCCCUGUAUCAAUCGGCCAAAGAAAAAUUAGUUGCAGAAGAGUCAGAAAAACUAUCACUGGCUGCUGAAGUCGAAAGAUUGACAAAACAAGUGAAGGAUUUAGAUGACAAGCUGGAGACAACUAAAUCAGAUUAUCAAAAGUAUAUGGAUCAAAUGGCUGAAUACGUUGCUUCAUUAACAGGAGGAACACCUUCAUAAAUAAACUGUAAAAUAUAAUUCCUAGCUUUAUUAACUACCUAA